AUGGAGCAUCCUUCUCCUCAUGUUUGUCAAACUUGUGCAGGGUCUUGCAGAGGUGUGAGGAGACAAAUCUGGUGCUCAACUGGGAGAAGUGCCACUUCAUGGUGCAAGAUGGAAUUGUUCUUGGACACAAAAUUUCUGAGAAAGGGGAUCGAGCUCGAUCGAGCUAAGGUGGACGGGAUGUUGCAGCUUCCUGUGCCUAAGACUGUGAAGGACAUCAUGAGCUUUCUGGUGGAUUUUGAGUUUGAUGAAGAAUGCCAUAAGUCUUGGACCUUGCUGAAGGAUGCUCUGGUUUCUGCCCCAAUUGUUCAAGCUCCAAACUGGGAUCACCCAUUCGAGAUUAUGUGUGAUGUGUCUGACUAUGCAGUAGGAGCUGUGCUUGGCCAAAAGAUAGACAAGAAGCUCAAUGUCAUCUAUUAUGCAAGCAGAACAUGGAUGAUGCUCAAUGCAAGCACAUCUUUGCUAAGAAAGAUACAAAACCCAGCUUCUCAGAUGGAUUCUUUGCUUCAAGAGUUUGUUGUAGACAAAAAGGGAGUGGAAAAUGGAGUUGCUGAUCAUCUCUCUAGGAUGCGAGUUGAAGACAUAGUCCCCAUCAAUGAUUCUAUGCCUGAAGAACAGCUAAUGGCAAUCAUGGUUUUGAAAGAAGGUUUUGAUGAGAAGGUCAGGCUGGAAGAAGUUAAGGCUCUGCGAGAUGAAAACCUACCUUGGUAUGCUGAUAUAGUGAACUUCAUGGUCGCUGGAGAGGUUCCCUGA